AAGUAGGGGGAAGAACUCGCCGUGUUUUGACUACAUCCCUGGUCCGGUCCGGUCCGGAGCGGGGAGUGAAUCCGGUGCCGGGGAGUGCGGGCAGCCGGCGACCACCCCCCACCCCGGGAGCGGGAACUCCAUGGCGGCGACUGCGGCACCAUUGCCAAGAGCAACGACUGAAUGAACAAUUUUGGUACUUAUCACUGUACUUUGUACUUGCAACCAAACAAAAAAAAUCGGCAAGACUAGCACUUCGAAGCGACGUAAAGCAGAACAGCAAAGGUGUUGUACUCUUCCAGAGCAAUUCUAACACAUGUACAGCUGACAGCAAGAACCAUGAAUCGAUUAAUUGGGUUCGCAAAAACCAACGCAGCAAGCGUUUUGGUAACAAGGUCAUUACAGCAGCAGAAUUUCAAAAUGCUGUCUAAAAACUAUGCUUCAAAGACACCAGCGUACAACUAUGUAAUAGUGGGUGCAGGUUCUGCUGGCUGUGUGUUGGCUAGCCGCCUUACUGAAGACUCUGGUGAUUCGGUGCUUCUUCUGGAAGCAGGACCUAAAGACACGUUAUUGAACAGCAAGCGACUCCUGUGGAAAAUCCAUAUGCCAGCGGCCCUGAUAUACAAUCUGCGUGAUGAUAAGUACAACUGGUAUUACCACACCACAGCUCAAAGGCACAUGAACAACCGUGUGAUGUACUGGCCCCGAGGCCGGGUUUGGGGAGGAUCGUCGUCUUUGAACGCGAUGGUGUAUAUCCGUGGACACGCAGAGGAUUACAAUCGCUGGCAGAAACAGGGUGCCACAGGCUGGGAUUACGAUCACUGCCUUCCAUACUUUAGGAAAGCACAGUGCCAUGAACUGGGGGCUGACCGCUACAGGGGAGGGGACGGACCACUGCACGUCUCCCGAACAAAGACCAAGCACCCUCUCCAUCUGGCCUUUCUGGAGGCAGGGCAGCAAGCCGGCUACCCCUUUACUGACGACAUGAAUGGAUUCCAACAGGAGGGAGUUGGCUGGAUGGACAUGACCAUUUACAAAGGCCAGAGAUGGAGUGCAGCCAGUGCCUAUUUACGUCCCAGUAUUUCACGAAGCAACUUAACAACAGAAGUGAAAACGUUUGUAACCAGGAUUCUAUUUGACGGCACCAAGGCCAUUGGUGUUGAAUACGUUCAAGGUGGAUUAACAAAAAAGGUUUAUGCCGUUAAGGAAGUGAUCCUGAGUGGUGGCUCCAUCAACUCUCCCCAGCUGCUUCUGCUGUCUGGAGUGGGCAAUGCCGAUGACCUGAAAGCUCUGGGAAUCCCCGUUGUUUGUCAUCGUCCAGGUGUGGGCCAGAACCUUCAGGAUCACCUGGAACUGUAUGUGCAGCAGCAGUGUAACAAACCCAUCACGCUGUACAAGUCCCAAAAACCCAUCAAGAUGAUCCAGAUUGGCCUGGAAUGGUUGUGGAAAUUCACAGGUGAAGGGGCGACGGCCCACCUAGAGACGGGUGGGUUUAUCCGAAGCGGCCAUGGAGUGCAGCACCCCGACAUUCAGUUCCAUUUCCUGCCCUCACAGGUGAUCGACCAUGGCAGGGUUACGCCCACCGAAGAGGCUUAUCAGGUCCACGUGGGCCCCAUGAGACCCACGAGUGUGGGCUGGCUGAAACUCAGGAGUGCAAAUCCAAAAGAUCACCCCAUUCUGGAGCCCAACUACUUGUCCACAGAAAGUGACAUCAAGGAAAUCCGCCAAUCGGUGAAGUUGAGCAGGGAGCUCUUUGCCCAAAAGGCCUUUGAUAAGUACCGUGGUCCAGAAAUAACGCCCGGCAGCCAUGUGCAGUCGGACAAGGAGAUUGAUGCAUUUGUGAGGGAAAGUGCCGACAGUGCUUACCACCCUUCGUGCACGUGUAGAAUGGGGCAAGCUUCAGACCCCAUGGCAGUGGUCGACCCAGAGACUAGGGUGAUCGGGCUGGAGAACCUGAGAGUCGUUGACUCCUCCAUCAUGCCCAGUGUUGUGAGCGGCAACCUGAAUUCACCCACAAUCAUGUUGGCCGAGAAGGCCGCUGAUAUCAUCAGGGGACGCCCAGCGUUAUAUGACAAGCACGUUCCUGUUUAUAAUCCCAAAUCAUAGGCAUUUAGCUUAAAGUUGAUGUAGUACUCGUUAAAAUUCUAUUAUACUUGAGCAUGUUUCUCCCACUUCAAAAAAGGUAGGUUUUGUAACGAUGUAAAAGAAUGUCUGAAUAUUGAAAAUGAGCUACUUGAUACAAUGGAGAAAACCUUUUUAAUCGAGUUUCGUGUCUUUUGUGCUUUGCUUUUUAUAAAUUUUCUUUCAUUGUUUAAAUCAAGAAUUAAACUUGGAAUAUUAUACUCA